AUGACUCCAGAGUCCAGCAGCCAUCAAGAGUCAGAGUCUGAGGCUUCAGAGUCUCCAGCUAACGAGCUGGACAAGGAGCCAGAGCAGAGAAAUCUGGCCAAGAGCAAUGAGCCUUGGUGCCUGCAAGCAGACAGGAUGUUUACGACAGAGCAUUUCCUGCAUCCCAACUUCGACCCAAGAGAUGGAGAAAAGACCUUCUACCAGAAAUAUUCCUCAAGCUUAAACACCAUGAUUCCCAUACGCUUAAAAGCAAGAUCUUCUGUGAAUCCAAUGGAUGAUGCUGGGCUGCUCUCAUUUGCUACGUUUUCUUGGCUGUCAUACCUAAUGCUCAGGGGAUUCAGGCACAACAUUGACGUGAACACCUUGCCUCCUCUGUCUUAUUAUGAUAGCUCAGAAACAAAUGCCAAAAGAUUACAGCACCUUUGGGAAGAAGAGCUGGCCAAAGUUGGACCUGAGGAAGCUUCUUUAGGUAGAGUGGUGUUUAAAUUUCAAAGGACCCGAAUUUUGGUGGACAUGAUGGCAAACAUCACUUGCGUUAUUUUGGGUGGUUUAGGACCGACAGUCAUCAUCCAUAACAUUCUGUGGCACAGUGAAAGUGGCUCCAGGGAUGUGGUCAAGGGGAUUGGCCUCUGUGUGGCCCUUUUCCUCACAGAAGUGUCCAAAGUCCUCUUCUGGUCAUUGACGUGGGCUGUCAACUACCGCACUGCUAUCAGAUUAAAAGUUGCCGUAACAACCAUCACUUUUGAGAAACUGCUGUCAUUUAAGACUUUGGCACACAUCUCUGUUGGUGAGAUGAUCAAUUUGUUAACCACUGAUGGCUAUCGAAUGUUUGACGCUGCCUUAUUUUCUCCCAUGCCGCUUGCUGUGCCUCUGCUGAUGAUUGUGUGCACCAUCUACUCUUGUCUUAUCCUUGGUCCCACGGCACUCAUAGGAAUGGUUGUUUAUAUUAUAUUCAUACCAGUACAGAUGCUCAUAGCCAAGUUAACCUCCGUAUUCCGAAGAGCUGCCAUUUCAAGGACUGAUAAGCGUGUGCAAAUAAUGACUGAGAUUUUAAGCUGCAUUAAGUUGAUCAAAAUGUAUGCUUGGGAGAAAUCCUUUGCGAAAACCAUCGGAGACAUCAGGAAAGAGGAAAGGAAAAUCCUGGAAAAAGCGGGCUAUGUACAGAGUGUGAACUCUGUCCUUACGCCAAUUGUGUCCACCCUGGCGAUUGUCAUGACAUUUGCCUUCCACACUCUUUUGAAGCAAGAGCUAACAGCCUCUGUUGCCUUCAGUGUGAUUGCUAUGUUUAAUGCCAUGAAGGUUUCAAUUGCCAUUUUGCCAUUCGCCGUAAAAGGGCUGGCGGAAGCCAAUGUUUCUCUAAAAAGGCUGAAGACAAUUCUUCUCACUAAAAUUCCUCCUCCAUAUGUGAUGGCGUUGAAGGACCCCCAAAAUGCUGUGGUACUGGAAAAUGCCACAUUGUCAUGGGCAAAUUCUUCUAGUGAAUGCAAUAACAAAAGUAAUAAGGAGGUUGUCCUGAACGGGAAAAGUGCCUGCAAAUACCAGUCAGUGACAGGACCUGUAGUUUCUCACUCUCAGAUAUCAAGUGCUGGGAAAGAGUGCUCCAACAGCGUUGCCCUGUCCAACAUAAGUUUUACGGUACAGAAAGGCAAGGUUUUAGGGAUUUGCGGACAUGUUGGAAGUGGAAAGAGCUCAAUCAUAACAGCGAUUUUGGGACAGAUGUAUCUCCAUAAGGGGACUGUUGCUGUGAAUGGCACUUUGGCUUAUGUGUCUCAGCAGGCAUGGAUAUUUCAUGGGAAUAUCAGAGAAAACAUCCUUUUUGGAGAAGCAUAUGAUGAGCAAAGGUACAAUUAUGCUAUCAAAGUCUGCAGCCUGACAUCAGAUCUGGACCUUCUUCCACACGGAGAUAUGACUGAAAUAGGGGAAAGGGGCCUCAAUCUUUCUGGAGGCCAGAAGCAGCGAAUCAGCUUAGCUCGUGCUGUGUAUGCCAAUAGAGAUAUUUACUUACUGGAUGAUCCUUUAUCAGCAGUUGAUGCACAUGUUGGAAAGUAUAUUUUUGAAGCAUGCAUAAAAGAAGCACUACGGGGGAAGACCAUACUCCUUGUUACUCAUCAGCUGCAGUAUUUAGAAUUUUGUGAUGAAAUCAUACUGCUAGAAGAUGGAGAAAUAUGCGAGAGUGGUACCCACGCAGAACUGAUGGCAGCAAAGGGGCGCUAUGCUCACCUCAUUCAAAACCUGCACCUGCAGGAAGCACUGGUUCCACGUCAUGCUUUCCUUUAUUCAAACGCAGUGACAGGAUCUGCAGAGAAACUUCAGGAGAAUAUUCCUGAGGUCUCUUACAAAGGAACUGAAAACCCUGCUUUUGAUAUGGCUGUUGAGAUAAACCAGGAACCCAAGGAAGACCACAAAGUAGGAAGAGAUGGAGCUCCUGCAAACCAACUCGUUCAAGAAGAGGAGAAGCAGGAAGGCUCCGUUACAUGGAAAACCUACCAUGCUUAUAUUAAAGCAUCUGGAGGCUUCAUACUGUGGUUCUUCAUUGUGUUUCUCUUCGUUCUGAUGAUUAGCUGUUCGGCCUUCAGCAAUUGGUGGUUGAGUUUCUGGUUGGAGCAGGGGUCAGGGGCAAACUGCAGCUUUGCUCAGAACACAACCUGUAAUGUGGGCAGCAUCACUGCCAACCCUCAGCUCCACUUCUACCAGCUUGUCUAUGGAAUGAGCCUCAUUUCCAUGACAGUCCUAAGCUUCAUCAAAGGCUUUGUUUUUACUAAGACAACAUUGCGAGCAUCAUCUACUCUACAUGACACCAUGUUUCACAAGAUCUUACAGAGCCCAAUGCGUUUCUUUGAUACGACUCCCACUGGCAGAGUAAUGAACCGCUUUUCUAAAGAUAUGGAUGAAUUGGAUGUGCGGCUUCCGUUUCACGCUGAGAAUUUUCUGCAGCAGUUUUUCAUGGUGCUCUCAAUCAUUUUCAUCAUCGCCAUUGUGUUUCCUUACCUCCUAAUUGGAGUGGCUCUCCUAAUGAUUAUUUUCAUUCUACUCUUCCAGGUUUUCCAGAGCACCAUCCGAGAGCUAAAACGCUUUGAAAACCUCAGCAAGUCUCCAUGGUAUUCUAUGAUUGUGUCUACUAUCCCAGGCCUCAGUACCAUCCAUGCCUACAAUAAGAAAGAAACCUAUAUCAAUCAUUUUAAAAUGUUGAAUGAUGAAAGCUCCAGCCAUUUCGUCCUGUUUAACUAUGCACUGCGGUGGUUUGCAGUGAGGACAGACAUCCUCACGAACACCAUGACGUUGAUUGUGGCUCUCUUUGUUGUCCUCAGCCCUUCUUCCAUCAGUGCUGCAGAAAAAGGCUUGGCUUUAUCUUACACUAUCCAGCUAAGUGGACUUCUUCAAGUGUGUGUGAGAACAGGAUCCGAGACAGAAGCCAGGUUUACUAAUGUUGAGCAGAUUCUGGAAUAUAUCACGAAAUGUGUCCCCGAAGCAACAGAGGGUGCAACCGUUGUCAGCCCUCCCCCCAACUGGCCUGAUAAGGGUGAAAUUACAUUUAAGAACUAUCAGAUGAAAUACCAAGAAAACAGCCCUGUGGUGCUCCAUGACAUAAAUAUGAAUUUUCACGGCAAAGAAAAAAUUGGGAUCGUUGGCAGGACAGGCUCUGGAAAAUCUUCCUUAGGUGUUGCCCUCUUCAGACUAGUGGAACCAACUGCUGGCACCAUCCUCAUUGACAAUGUCGAUAUCUGCACAAUUAGUUUGGAAUCUCUAAGGAUGAAGCUGUCGGUCAUUCCUCAAGAUCCUGUUCUGUUUGUAGGUACAGUAAGGUACAACUUAGAUCCUUUUAAUGACCACACAGAUGAUCAAAUCUGGCAAGCUCUGCACAGAACAUUUAUGAAAGGCACAGUUUCCAAACUGCCAGGAAAGUUAGAGGCAGCAGUUGUCGAAAAUGGAGAAAAUUUCUCCGUGGGGGAACGACAGCUACUCUGUAUGGCGAGAGCACUCCUUCGAAAUUCAAAAAUUAUACUUCUCGAUGAAGCAACUGCAUCCAUCGACUCUGAGACAGAUGUGCAAAUUCAGCAGACCAUCCAAGAAGCUUUUGCAGACUGCACCGUCUUGACCAUUGCUCAUCGUAUGAACACCAUCCACGAGUGUGACCGUGUUUUGGUGAUGGAUAAUGGGAAGGUAGUCGAGUUUGGCAAACCAGAUGAACUCAUUCAGAAUCCCGAGUCUGCGUUUGCAUCGCUCUUAGCCGCUACAAGCAAAGUCACAUCUUAG